AUGGAUUCACCCGGAUUCCUCCCAGCAGUUGGACUCCUCGCCCUCCUUGCCGUCGCCUACAAUCUCUCCUGGCCAUUCUUCCCCUUCGUCCGCAAAUCCGCACUCGACCGCUACCGCAGAACCGUCAAUGGAAGGCCCGCGUGGGCCCUCGUCACCGGCGCGAGCGACGGCAUCGGCAAGGGCCUCGCUGACGAGCUCGCCCGCCGCGGCUUCAACGUCGUCAUCCACGGCCGCAACGAUGUCAAGCUCGAGGGUGUCAGGCACGACCUCGCCGCGCGGCACCCGGGCCGGGAGUUCCGGAUCAUGGUCGGCGAUGCCGUGGCCCUAGGCGCUGGGGCGGCGCCAUGGGACGUCAUGCUGGCGCCGCUCGAAAACCUCAACCUGAGGGUGCUCGUGAACAACGUCGGCGGCGUGCCGAUGGUGCCCGUCAUGCGGCGGCUGGACGAGUCCACGGUGGGCGAGAUCGCGGACAACGUGCACAUGAACGCCCUCUUUCCGACGCUGCUGUCCUCGAUUCUCUUGCCGAGGCUCACGGGCCCGGCGGAGCCCGCGCUCGUCGUCAACGUGGGCUCGCUGGCCGACGUGGGGCCGCCGCUGCUCUCGUUCUACGGCGGAAGCAAGGCGUAUAUGAAUGUGCUAUCGACGAGCAUGGCGGAGGAACUCGCGCUGGACGGCGUAGACGUGGAGGUACUAGGCGUGAGGGUCGGGCCCGUGGCGACAAGGACGGAGCUGAUGCAGCCACGGGUGUUUUGGCCUUCGGCUGAGACGAUGGCCCAGAGCAUCCUGGACCGGGUCGGGUGUGGACGAGCGGUUGUGGUGCCGUACUGGGGGCAUGCGGUGCCGAUGUUGUUUCUAGACUUGAUGCCGACGAUGGUGCAGGGCCCGUUGAUACGGAUGAUGAUGGGGUGGUUAAGGUAUGAAGAGAAGAAGAUGCGUAGCAAGGAGAAGUAA